AUGGAAAUGAAUGCCAAUUUUAUUCCAUUGGGCCAACGCUCAGAACUUCAACCUUUCCCGAUUCAAACACAGGGUGGAUUUAAUAAUUUACCAAAUAUAUUUGCGCCUUUCGCGCAUCCAAUGGCUAUUUGUGGAAUGUCAGACGAUACCACUGGCUUCAUGCCUCCAUUUCCAUUCCCGGCCCACUUCGAUAACCCUUUCAUGAAUGACACCUCGAAUCUACUACAAGGCUCUUCAGUCUAUCAGGGGACCAAUCAAAACACUCAAAAGCCAGUCAAUCACAAGGAACGAAAUAGACGAAGGCUUAUUGAGGUUGAACGCCAAAAAAUACGGCAAAAAGCAGUUCAACAAGCCGAAAGACUAGCGGCAAUACACGAUCCAACAGGCAAGCUUUUUAACGUAGGGGAAGUAGUUACUAUGGCUGAUGGCAGCAUAAAGUCGAAAGAAUCUUUAAUUCGUGCCGAGAAAGAGAGAAAGACUCGCCACUUUGCAAUGAUCGAGCGAGAAAUUGAGAAGGAAGAAAACGAGAAAAUUAAACAAGCUAAAAAAGAGGUUUCGGAGAUAAUCAAAAAAGGUGGCAUUCCCUCAAAGAGUCUCGUUAGCAUAGCGGAGAAAAAAAUUGAAUCUAUCCAAACUCUAAGUAAAAAACAACAGCGCAGGCAAGAAAUGUCGAAUUCAAGGGCACCACUUCGUAAGCCAGUCAUACCAAAGCAAUUUGAACUUCCCGAAGGGGAAGAAAACCUUGUUGAUCUAUGGGACAUAUCAGAUUCCGAAAUUAUGGCCCGACUUGCUCAAGCAAAGAAAAAUAGAAAAAACACUGCUAGAAAACAAAGACGUCUGCAAAGUGAAGCCAAAAAAUUCAACUGGGCGCUGAGACAGCGAAAAAAGCAAUAUGAAACUGCAGGCCUACCAUGGGACCCUGCGAAAGCGAGAAAAGAAAUUUGUGGUGAAAUGGAGAUGGAUAAGAAUAAAUCGAACACAGAUUCUGAUGCUAAUUCGGAAUUAAACUUGAACAUGGCCCCUGAGGAGAAUAUUGAACAGAAUAUCGUUGGUUCUGCAGCACUCCCUGAACCUCCCAAACCCUAUCUAAAUUCAAAUAUCCUCCAGGAAUCUGAAGAGAUAGAGAAACUCAGGGCUCUCAAGAGAAAAGUUAUCCGAUCUAGACGAAAAUUAGACCACAAUGCUGCUCAAGCUUCGCACAUACCUCAAGGCUCAGAAGUUUUGCAUGUUGAUCAAAAGCUUCAAAGCUUAGUAGAAGUUGAGUCGACUAAACCUGUAGAGAAGGCUACGGAUGAUCUAAAUCUAAUGGAAGCUCAAGAAAAUAUGGGGAUCUUGAAUGAAAAAAAAAUGGCUUCUAUGGGUUCUGUCAGACCUAAUUGCACAACGGCAACUGUCACUACAAGUGCAUCAAUAAUCAGUCAAAGAAAUCCAGAUGAAAAGAAAUUGGAGCCAAAUAUAGUCGCGGGGACGCAGAUGGACGAGAAGAUAAUAGUAAAGCUGAAACCUGAUGUGAUCGAAUCUAGUCUCGAGCCGAUAGAAUCAGUCGUAAAACCAAAGCCCGAGGAUGAAAUCCUUGAUCUGAUAAGGGAGCUUGCGGGAAACAUCAAUUAG